CGAUUCAACUACUUGUGGAGCUGGGUGUGCCUGCAGCAUCGAGGCGUGUGGGUUGUUUGCUGCUCUACCCGAAACCCAAAAGGAUGUCCGCACCUCGGUGGUGACUAUUGUGUAUGGUCUGGAGCGCAUGAAAUACCAUGUGCAUCAAGAAAUUGGGUAUAUAUGUCGGCUUUAUACUACUCUUGAUCAAGAGAGUCUUUCCAUCAUUAAUAACGGUCCUAUGGAGGCCGAGUCUUUCAUCGAAAAGACGCAAGAAUUGCAGCGGUUGUUCAGAAAGCUCGCACAUGUCAAUGAUAACCAUGACAUAAAAGCGGCUUUGGCAUUCUGGAAACUGCCAACGGACUCCUUGGAGCUGCGUUCGUUUGUUCCGACGUUCGUUGAUCAUAUCCAGUAUCAAGCGAGAAAAGAGAUGCUCAGGAGAGAGGAUCACUUGGAUCAGCUGAGAGUUUUUACAGCUUAUCUGGAAGGGGAACGCUGGACUGGGCCUAGCAGUUAA